GUACAGUAGUCGCUUUGGUGGUGUUAGUUCACAGAGGAGGAGGCUUGUAGUAUAAACUGGAAAGAUGGCGACGAAACGGCGUGGUGGACUUGGUGCAAGAAGGAAAGGGAAUAUGGAAGUGAAGGCAGUUGUGGACUUGGGAGCUGAUUCCAGCGACGAUGAUGUUCCCGAAGAAGUUACUUUUGAAAAAGCUAAAGCGGAUGCUGUACGGAGCAUGAGGAACGCCCUGGAGACGGUUAAGAGAGACAAGGAGCUGUUGAAGGAAAAGAGAAGAAAGAGACAGGAGCUAUUUCAACAGCAAAAGAAAAGAAAGCUACUCUCUGAAGAUAUGCUGGUAGAGAUUGAAUCGGCAUAUACCAAAAAAGGCAAGCCUUUGGAUUCAGAAGAACAAGAAAAAGAAGAGAGUGAAGAGGACUCAGAAGAGGAGGUGGUUAAUGCCAGGCUAAAGGAAAGCUAUAAGGCUGUAAGACUCAAGGAUCAAAUUGAUGCAAAUACCAGACAAGAAAGCGCAAGUGAUUUUAUAAGAUCUCGUCUCUAUGGACCAGGAACCAACAGAACCACAACAAACCAAAUGCUCUCACUUAAAAACAAAACCGGGAACAACAAAACAGCAGCUGUACAGUUUGUCAACAAAAAUUGGGGAUCAGAGAACAAAGGAAAAGCUGAGAAGUUUAAAAAGAGGUGGGUUCACAGCCUGACUGUGGUUGCCAAUUGAGUGAAGAUGGAAGAAUGAGAACCGCCCUGGGGAGACUUACUUUACCACUGUGCAUAUACUGCUGCACUGAACAUUUUUUUGUUAAUUUGCUUAUUGGUUCACAAGCUUUUUCAACAAGUGAUUUUUUAAUUUUAUAGGAUUUUUUCUUCUUUGUUCUAUUCUUUUCAUGCUACAAAAUAAAGCAAAACAUUACAACAGCUGAUGAAAGCACUAGCUGAAAUGUUUGUCUACCUGA